AUGCGGCCACGCCCGUUCUCGCUGCCUUGGGCGGCACACCUUCGCUCUCCGGUAGCCGCCCGCCGCCCAGUAUACGGCGCUCGCCAGUAUGCGCGGACUGCGGAGGUCCUGAGCACAAACACGUUCCGCUUCGAUAAUGCGCGACCUACUACAGCGAAAUUGUCACCUGAAAUCAAAGCAGGCCAGAAAAGAUGGAUUACAAAAAAAUGGUUGGCGCGAGAGGAGGAGGGGAGAAAGGAAUGGGCAUUUCUCGCCGAACAGAUCAAGGAGGGGAAGAGAAAGAGCUUUGUAGAGCAUCUGGAGGACAGAGGUCUCAUACAUGAUGUUGUUGGGGAGCGAGACUUGUUGCACCGUGUCUUUACCGAGAAGCGAGCUGGGAUUUACGCAGGCAUAGACCCGACAGCGCCAUCUAUGCAUGUUGGACAUAUGCUGCCGUUCAUGGUACUUGCGUGGGGAUAUGUUUGGGGAUUGCCCGUCGUGUUUUUGCUCGGCGGUGCCACAGCGCGAAUCGGUGACCCGACUGGGCGAUUGCAGGGAAGGGAGGAGGUCCAUUCCUCGGUACGUAAAGCAAACAUGGCUAGCAUGCACAUGCAACUCAAAAAACUCGGUAUGAGCAUUGAGAGAUACGGGCAAAGGCACGGUUACAAGCGGCAGUUGAUCUGGAAACGAGCUCUGGAAAACAAUAAUGUUUGGUGGAACAAAACGCCGUUGAUAGAGGUGCUCCGCGAUUUGGGAUCUUAUAUGCGCCUUGGUCCAAUGCUAGGAAGAGAAACAGUCAAAAACAAAAUGUCAAAGGGCGAUGGGAUGUCUUUUGCAGAGUUCACCUACCCUCUCAUGCAGGCAUGGGACUGGUGGGUGCUCUUUCGACAAAGACAUACUCAAGUCCAGGUCGGAGGAAGCGACCAGUAUGGGAACAUCCUCUUUGGAAUGGAGGCUGUGAAGACAGUCAGUAAGAAUACCAAGAUGCAAGAAGAUCACAACGACCUGUUAGAUGAUAUCGAUAAGCCCAUUGGUUUCACCACUCCGUUGCUCACGACUUCAUCCGGUGAGAAGUUUGGAAAGUCCGCCGGCAACGCCAUCUGGUUGGAUAAGGAUAUGACACCCACUUUUGAGCUAUACCAGUUCUUUGUCCGCACACCUGAUGACGCUGUCGAGCGUUACCUCAAGAUGUUCACGUUCUUACCUCUCCCCGAGAUUUCACGGAUCAUGGAAGAGCAAAAUCAGGACCCCUCAAAGCGGGUGGCCCAACAUGCUCUCGCUUAUGAAUUUGUUGAACUCAUCCACGGCAGAGAGGAAGCGGAUGCGGUGUCUAUGCAGCACCGCCAAUUAUUUAGAUCGCGAAGCUCGACCGCACCACCGACGCCCGCACCUCGCAGUGCACCAGUUGGGAAUCCCAAAUCAUCAUUGUCCGGGUUUGAUAAUCCUCAGGCUGGCAACAAAUACGCCCCUCAAACAAACUUCGCCAAUAUGCCAUCUCUCCGGAUAACGCUCCCUAAAUCCCUCGUGUACGACAAGACAUUCAGCAAGAUUCUUUGGUCUGCCGGUUUAGUUGCCUCCAAGAGUGAGGCCCAACGUAUUAUCAACAACCAAGGCGCCCAUGUAGGAAGCCGUCCCGGCAUCGAAAAAAGUCUGCCUGGCGGGGACAUGCCAGAUGCCUUGACCUUCACACCAAUCAAAUCUUGGAUGGCCUCGAAAACGCGCGAGUUUAUCAUCGAUGACGAACUCCUGAUUCUAAGGUUAGGGAAAUGGAAGCUGAAGUUGGUGACCAUUGUUAGCGAUGAGAAGUUCAAAGAGCUUGGUCUCACAGCUCCCGGCUGGGAUGAGGUCAUUGGCGAGAGCAAGGGCUCGGGAACGGCGGAAUCGGAGUCCUCUCCUUGA